GUUCUCUUUAUUGUUAUAGCGUUGUUAAUAUCUUAAGAUUCGGAGGUAAACGGAAAUGGAGAAUCAGCAACUAUACUUCAACCUUAUUGUAAACAAACACUAACAAUAAAAAGUUUUGAAGUUAAAAGGACGUAAGCUCCACCUUCUAUCCUUUGUAGAGGUAUAAAAACAAAACAAAACAAACUCUGACUACACAGGCUACCCGCUACACACUCAAAUCGACCUCCGCGACUGGAGGGGGAAGCACAACUGGUUCUGGCAACCCCCCCGCCGCCACCCCGGCCCAUAACGCUUCACCACGUUCUGCGCCACGGCCGGAAGUGACGCAUAACCUGCGACGCCAGUGCCUGCCGCCCACGGCCGCAGGAGUCGGGCUUCGGUUGCACCAGAGACAGCGGACUUUCAUCCGAUGGUUGCAGCAAAGGGAUCAUGACGGGGAAAAAGUCCUCCCGGGAGAAACGGCGCAAACGUAGCAGUCAGGAGGCGGCCGCAGCGCUCGCGGCCCCGGACAUCGUACCCGCCUUGGCCAGCGGCAGCAGUGGAAGCACUAGCGGCUGCGGGAGCGCCGGGGGCUGCGGGAGCGUCAGCUGCUGUGGGAACGCCAAUUCUAGUGGAAGUGUCACCGGCGGUGGGAGCGGCGGCAGCUGCUGGGGCGGGAGCAGCGUGGAGCGCAGCGAGCGCCGGAAGCGGAGGAGUACCGACUCUUCCAGCGUCUCGGGCUCCUUGCAGCAGGAAACUAAAUAUAUUUUGCCAACUUUGGAAAAAGAAUUAUUCUUGGCAGAGCACAGUGACCUUGAAGAAGGUGGACUGGACCUGACUGUGUCAUUGAAACCAGUUAGUUUCUAUAUAUCAGACAAAAAAGAAAUGCUUCAGCAGUGCUUCUGUAUUAUAGGAGAGAAGAAGUUACAGAAGAUGCUUCCUGAUGUGUUAAAGAACUGUUCAAUAGAAGAAAUUAAAAAACUAUGCCAGGAACAGUUAGAGCUCCUGUCUGAAAAAAAAAUUUUGAAGAUUCUUGAGGGUGACAAUGGAAUGGACUCUGAUAUGGAAGAGGAAGCAGAUGAUGGUUCUAAGAUGGGAUCUGAUUUAGUCAGUCAGCAAGACAUCUGUAUAGAUUCUGCUUCAUCCCUGAGAGAGAAUAAGCAACCUGAAGGUUUGGAAUUAAAACAAGGAAAAGGGGAAGAUAGUGAUGUACUCAGUAUAAAUGCAGAUGCUUAUGACAGCGACAUAGAAGGCCCAUGCAACGAAGAAGCAGCUGCUCCCGAGGCACCAGAAAAUACAGUCCAAAGUGAAGCUGGUCAGAUAGAUGACCUGGAGAAAGACAUUGAGAAAAGUGUGAAUGAGAUUCUAGGACUGGCAGAGUCUAGCCCAAACGAACCCAAAGCAGCCACCCUGGCUGUUCCUCCACCAGAAGAUGUUCAACCUUCUGCACAGCAACUGGAGCUGCUAGAACUUGAGAUGAGGGCAAGAGCGAUUAAGGCCCUAAUGAAAGCUGGUGAUAUAAAAAAGCCAGCCUAGGUAUUUAACUUGAGUUUGAAUUUUAGGUAUGUUUGAACAAAGCCACAUCAUUUAAUUUUGUAUCUAAAAUUUAUUUGGGGUCUUAUAUGUUAUUUCUCAUGUAACCCUUAUUAGGUCAACUCAUUUUAGCCCUAAAAUACCUGUGGCUGUUUCUUUUUAUUUUUUUGACUACUUUUAUAUUAUAAAUGUGUGUUACUGUCUUAUGAAUUCAUGGCAAUAUGGUUGGAUAGCCUGGAUACUUUGUUAGAUGAAUAUUUAGCUGUGUCUGCAAAUCUUAAAAGCCAUUAGCAAAGAGUCGUGGUAUUUUUUUCUUUAUUUUUAAAUGUUUGGGCACCAAACCUAAAAGCAAAAGAUUGACCAAGCAUGUUUCUCUUAAGGCUACUUAUAUUUUACAAUACAAUAUUAAAUUAUUGCUUUAAAUUUGUUAACAAUUUGAGAAAUUUAGUUUUGCUUAUAUGCACUUUUUAAAUAUAUACUAUUUUGAAGAUUCCUUAUGUAGAUGCAAAUUUCCUAGUUAAAACCGAAUAACAGAGAUCUGAAAUGACUGAGAAAAACUUUUUUAUUAAAGGAAGGAAUUAAUUUAAGGCAAUUUUUAACUUAUGUAGAACUAAUUGCCCAUGUUUAAUUAUAGCAGACACGCCAUUCUAACAGGUAUUUGAUACCAUUGGAUGCAUUAUUCUAGGUUUUUUCUUUAAUAAAAAUGGAACAAGUUUUCAUUUACAUUCCAAGCUGUCAGGAAAUGAAGAAUAUUUUAUUAUCUAGGAUUUUAUCUGAUGUAGUUGCUUAAAGAUCUGAUGUGCUAUAAUUCCAUGAAUCAGAAAUAAUAAAAUGCUAUCAUUCUGGAUCUGAAGACUUUUGAUACUUUUUCAAAAACAAAAUUAAUUUCAGGAACCUUUGAUAAGUUGUUGUUAUAAUUAAUCUAAUUUUGUAUAGUUUUUGUAAAUAAAUUACCAUCCUUCCACAAUUAGGGAUGCUUUUAUCCUCCCAUCACUAAUUGCAGUUGUUUGAUACCAAAAUAAAUUUACAUAGAAAUCCUUAACUUAAAAUAAAUUAAUUUUUUCAAAAAACAUAAAUCUGGAACUGUUGUUUCUAUAUUUGAUAACAAAUACUGUAUGAGGACUUAUAUAUAAAAGUUGCAGGGAUUGUGUUUUAUUAGCUGCUUUAAUUAUGUUAAUUUUAGAGAGUUUUUAAAUGGAAAUAGAGGACAUUUAUGAAACGCUGGAAUUUCAGUUACAAAUUCUUUUUGUUGUUGUUGUUCCUGAACAUGCCUUGGAAUAAUUCUACCAUUUUUUCCCCUCCGUAAAUCUUUCUAAUAAAGCAUAGAAAAAGCCUAUAUGAUUUUAAAUGCUUCUCUUAAGCUGGUAAACAGAUUUGAGUUAUGAGUUCAUUGUUACUGCUUCAAGAUGAAAAGACAGUGAUAUAAUUUUUCUAUUUCAACUUAAAGUAAUAGUUAAUAUGCUAAAGUAGUACAGAAUAAACUGUAUUGCUGCUUACUAAUUACAAAAUACUGUAGAUGGCAUCUGUAUGAUUAAAAAUAUAAAGUAAAACAGGUCUGAGGGCUUUGUAGAUGAUUAAAGUCUCCACCUUCAUGAA